CGUUUCUUUCUCUUUCCGUCUUGUUCUUCUUCGACCCACCUAACCAAACACACACGGACACACCACUUGUGGUGGUGGUCGAACCAAAGCGGCAAAAGCCCAAGCUCCAUCUUUUCCAUAUUUACCGUUUAGCCCCUCCCCUUCACCUCCCACCAUGCUCUUCAAUUUCAAUUAGCCCAUCCAUUUUCCCUCUUCAUCACAACUUGCAACCAUGCUCUCUCUUACUCUUUCCCCUUCUAAUUCCACCUCCUUCCUCCACAAUAAAUUGUUGCUGCGAGGAAAUACGGGGAAGCGGACAAAGUUUUGCUAUGUUCCAAUUCGUACCAGAUGUGCGGUUGAUACGCCUUAUGGAGGUAAUGUCCAAAAGUUCCCUCGGCGUAGCGUUUGGGAUCCUUACAAACGCCUUGGUAUUAGUCGAGAUGCAUCUGAAGAAGAGAUUUGGGGAUCAAGAAAUUUUCUGUUGCAGCAAUAUUCUGGACAUGAGGCCAGUGAAGAGUCAAUCGAGGCUGCUUUUGAAAAACUACUGAUGGCUAGUUUCAAACAGAGGAAGAAAACAAAAAUCAACUUGAAAAGCAGGUUGAAGAAGAAAGUAGAGGAGUCUCCACCAUGGGUUAAGAACUUGCUCAAUUUUGUUGAGCUUCCACCAACUGAAGUCAUCCUCAGAAGAUUAUUUCUCUUCGCCUUCAUGGGUGCUUGGAGUAUCAUGAAUUCUGCUGAAACGGGACCUGCUUUUCAGGUCGCAAUCUCUUUGGCUGCUUGCAUAUAUUUUCUCAAUGAAAAGACAAAGAGCUUGGGUAGAGCCUGCAUUAUUGGGUUUGGGGCCCUAGUGGGCGGAUGGAUUUCUGGUUCAUUGGCGGUACCCAACAUUCCGUCUAUGUUGCUGCGCCCAACCUGGACACUCGAACUCUUAACAUCAUUAUUCGUUUACUUGUUCUUGUUCCUCGCCUGUACUUUCCUCAAGUGAAGUGGAGACAAUUCUUACAUAGCUUCAGUCAGUGUCUUGCACUCUUUAAUGAGUUGCUAGGUGAUCAAAACUUUUGGGUUUCUGAGUGUGCUUAUCAAAGCAAGAGUUUGACUAGGCGGUUGUUAGCAUAGAUAUUUUUUAGACCUUGAUUCUUUGCUUAAAGUUCUGGUUAUGUUCUGGAAUCAUGUUUUGUUCUUGCCAUUAGUUUUGAGAGUAUAGUAAUAUGCGAAUCUGUUUAAUGAAUCCAAAAGUAACUUUUGUUAA